GUUGUAUAUAUAAGAAUGGCUUCUCUCGUGCUUGGCUCACCUCUUAUUUACGCAAAUGCCCCUCGGGAAAACAUGCAGAAACGGCGUUGUACCACGGGGCUGAUCACUUGCUCGGCCGUUUCCGAAACGGGGUCGAAGGAGCCUGUUGUUGUCCGUCGGUCUGCCAACUACCGGCCUUCUCAUUGGGAUCAUCACCAUGUCCUCUCCUUGCGGAAUAAAUAUGCCGAAGAAGGCGAAAUUCAAGAAAGGGCCAAGUUGUUGAAGGAAAACGUGAGGAAGUUGCUAGACGAAGCAGAAGGUCCUCUCAACCAGCUAGAGCUCAUUGAUAGUUUGCAAAGGUUGGGAGUUUCCUAUCAUUUUGACAGCGAAAUCAGUGGCAUUUUAACAGAGAUUUAUGAAACGAGAAGAAACCGGUCAGAGAAGAGUCGGCAUUCUGAGGAUUUACAUACAAUUGCUCUUGAAUUUCGCCUGCUUAGGCAACAUGGUUUUACUGUCUCGCAAGAUUGCUUUGAUGUCAUCAAGAGCCUAUGGGGGGAUGUGGAACUUGAAGGAAGUUCAGAAGAAGAUAUCAAAGGGCUGCUCUCACUGUAUGAAGCUUCGUAUCUAUCAAUGAAAUCAGACUCCAAACUGAAGGAAAUCCGAUCUUAUGCAAAGGCACGACUAAGCGAGUACGUCAACGAAAGCGAGAAAAAUGAUAGAAAUGAAUCUUAUUUGCGUGAGAUGGUGAUCCGGACAUUGGAGAUGCCGUAUCACUGGAGAGCGCGUACUCUCGAGGCAAGGUGGUAUAUUGACGUGUAUGAGAAGAAGCACGACAUGAAUACCCUUUUGCUAGAUUUCGCCAAGCACGAUUUCAACAUCGUACAGGCUUUUCACCAACACGAUCUCAAAUAUGUUUUCAGCUGGUGGAGUAAGACGGGACUCAAACAACUUGACUUUGCAAGAGAUAGAAUACUUGAGAACUACAUAUGGAGCGCUGAGCUAUUCCACGAGCCUCAAUUUGGAUACCAUCGUCGAGAAGUCACAAAGAUCUUUGCGUUGCUCACAAUAAUCGACGAUCUAUAUGAUGUCUACGGCACUCACGAUGAGCUUGUGUGCUUCACGGAAGCAAUCAAGAAAUGGGAUAUGAGCCUUGUCGAGGAGCUCCCAGAAUACAUGAGAUCAUGUUUUCUAGUACUGUACAAGGAGAUCAACCAGAUUGGACGAGACAUUCUUGGAGAUAAAAAGUUCGAUGUCAUCCCUUAUCUUAGAAAAGCCUGGACAGACAUAACGGACACGUAUCUAACGGAAGCAAAGUGGCACAUGAGCGGAUACAUACCAUGUUUCGAAGAGUACAUGGAAAACGCAUGGAUCUCAAUCGGUGCGGAGACAGUGUUGCUUCACUCGUUCUCUGUGUUGUCCGAUACAUUAACCAAGGAAACCUUUGACAGUUUGUCCGAACAUCGUCAACCCAUCAUCCGGUGCUCCUCCUUCAUCCUUCGUAUUGCCAAUGAUUUGGUAACUUCAUCGGAGGAGAUGGCAAGAGGGGAUGUUCAGAAAUCGAUCCAAUGUUAUAUGCAUGAGACGGGAGCUACCGAGACGGAGGCGCGCGAGCACAUGAUGCGAGUGAUCAGUGAUGCAUGGGACGAGAUGAACUACGAGAAAACGACACGUAGUUCUUUGUACCACCGUCGUUUUCUUGACGCGGUGAUAGACUUGGCACGCAUGGCGCAGUGCAUAUAUCACUACGGCGACGGCCUUGGCUGUCCUGAAAAGGCAAAGACAAUUGAUCAUAUCCAAUCCAUGCUCAUCAACCCCAUUCCACUCGAUUGAUCAAUCGAUUCUCUGGCUAUCCAAUCAUAUUAGUAGUCUAUGCUGUUAUUUUAAUUUUAUGAUCUCUUUUCUUUUGUUCACGUUUGAAUCUGGAACUCUUUCCAAAAAUAAGAUCAAACAAUUGCACACAGAUUUGUCGUUGUUCUUGUAAGUUUGUUGUAUCAGCUUCCUGUGUUUGGCUCAAGGCAUUGCAGAAAGCAGUUCGAGCGUUUUUCGAUUGUUUGAAUUCUAGACAGUUAUGCUGCAGUUAUUUCCUGUAAAGUUUAUAUGUGAGACGUUGAUGCACUUUGUGUUAUUAUC